AUGGAGCGCAUACGCAUCUACUUUCUCAACCAACUUGAUCUCUUCAAACCAGAACUUUAUCGAGCAUACGUACGAAAGCGACUUGAAAUUUGGUUACGAAUAACUCACAAUCUCUCUAGCCGACUGGUACCAAGAAGGGACAAUGAGUACAUUCUGUCUGGCUAUAGGGCAGUAUCCUGGUCUUACAAACGAUCUUUGGAAAGUAUUCUCGGCAUUCAUAAUGAAACAGUCAACAUAUUUUCCCAUAUCAUAGGAUCUAUUAUCUUCUUCACCCUACCCAUGCCCAUCUACCGGUCUUUGCAACCAAGAUAUACCACAGCAACUACAGCAGAUGUCGUUGUCUUCUCAACGUUCUUCUUUGGUGUUGCUAUAUGUUUUGCAUUAUCAGCCAUCUUCCACAUCUUCAACAACCACAGCCAGAAUCUUGGCAUCGUUAUAUUGAUGUGGGGCUCCACGAUUCCUUGCGUUUAUUACGGCUUCUUCUGCACGCCCCACCUACAAAAGACCUAUUACACCCUUGUAUCAAUCCUAGCAGCCGGUUGCGUGUACGCAACUCUGCACCCUGCUUUCCGUUGUCCAAAGUACCGCCCAUAUCGUGCAGCCAUGUAUGCAGGCCUUGGGCUAUCGUUCGUCAUUCCCAUAAUUCAUGGAAUCAUCAUAUUUGGUUGGGAAACGCAGAUGUGGAGAAUGAGCCUUGACUGGAUGGCGUUGAUGACGGCAUUCAACCUUGUUGGUGCGGCACUAUACGCGAUGAGGAUCCCCGAGAAGUGGUAUCCUUAUCGAUUUGAUGUGUGGGGCGCGAGCCACCAAAUUAUGCAUUGCUUGGUCGUAUGCGCGGGCAUUGCACAUUUAUAUGGUCUCUUGAGGGCAUUUGACCAUGUACACGGACACGGAGACGCUUGUACCGUAUGA